AACACCAUGACCCCCAUCGUCACUGCCCUGCUCUACAUUGGGCUGAGUUCGAGCCCCUUCACCCCAGUGCAGAAACAGACACUCCCUCCACCCAUUCUCUGGGCCGAGCCAGGUUCUGUUGUCAGCUGGGGGAAGGCUGUGACCAUCUUGUGUCAAGGGAUACUGGAGGCACAGCAGUACUAUCUGGAUAAAGUGGGAAGCAUGCCACACGUGUACACUCAGACCUUGAUGGAGCCUGGGGCCAAGGCCAAGUUCCCCAUCCAAGUCACUACGGAGCUCCAUGCAGCACAGUAUCGCUGUUACUAUGAGAGCCCUGCUGGCUCUUCAGAGGACAGCGAGACCCUAGAGCUGGUGGUGACAGGCAUCUACAGCAAACCCAGACUGUCAGCUCUGCCCAGCUCUGUGGUGACCCCAGGAGAGAAUGUGACCCUGCAGUGUGCCUCAUGGCUGGGGUUUGGCAGCUUCAUUCUGACUAAGGAAGGAGACAGCAAUCUCUCUUGGACCCAGGGCUCACAGAGACAUUCAAAUGGGCACAUGCAGGCCCUGUUCUCUGUGGGCCCUGUGAUGCCCAGCCAGAAGUGGAGGUUCAGAUGCUAUGGGUGUGACAAGAGCAAUGCCCAAGUGUGUUCAGCAUCCAGUGACCCCCUGGAGCUUAUGAUCUCGGACUCACUUCCCCAAGACCACACAGUGGAGAAUCUCAUCAGGAUCACGAUGGCUGGCUUGGUCCUGGUGACUCUUGGAAUUCUUCUGUUUGAGGCUCAGCACAGCCAGAGAAAGAUCCAAGAUGCAGCCAGGAGGUGAACAGCAGAGGCAACAGCACCCAACUUGGAGUGGUAAACUUAGACUGUGAACACUCUAAGCUGUUGUGGGUCUGGAAUUAAACCUGGGACACAAGUUGGGUGGAUGGUGCACUGGGAGUUUUGAGCAGCAUGACCUGUUUGGGGAGCAGGGAACUAUGGGGUGUUCUGUGCUGAGA